AUGCCGCACGGCGUCCGCACCGCCCAGCAGAGCAAAUUACAUAAGUCACGUGACUGCUCUUUUAAAAGGUAUUCGAGAUUACCAACUCGGCGAGCAUAUGCUAGAGACAAAGGCGCGGCCCGGACACAGAUUACCACACCGCACCACGCUUUCCCCCAACCACAACCGCCGCUAAAUCCCAGUAACAUGCCGCCAAGCCUCAAGAGCGCGGUAGCGUACGUCGCAGGUUUCGUACCGCUCUACGCAGCGUGCGUAGUGCUGAUCGCGGCGCUCGGGUUCUCAGAAUUCCACAUGGCGCCGCGGCUCUCGCGCCAGGUCCGCACCGACGACCCGGCCAUCAAAAAGAGCUUCGUCGCGCACGAAACGGUGACCCCGGUGCAGUGCCUGUUCCUUGCGUUCCCGCUGCCGGUGCUGGUGCUGGCCGGCUGGUGCACCGUCGGAAGCGACAGCCUCGUGUCGCGGUAUCAGCGCCGGUCGUUCGCGCGCCUGGCGCGCCCCGACUGGGUGCCGGCGAAGUUCCACCUGUUCCACAUUAGCUGCGUAGCGCUCGCGCUCGCGCUGGGCAUCAAUGGCGUGCUCACAAACGGCUUCAAGCUGCUUCUGAGCAACGCGCGGCCGGACUUCCUGGCGCGGUGCCAGCCCGCAGACCCGCUCGCUCUGUACGUCUCCGUCGCGCAGUGUACCCAGCCGGAUAAACUGGUGCUGUACGAGGGCCUGAAAAGCACGCCCAGCGGGCACUCGAGCUUCGCAGUCGCGGGGCUCGGGUUCCUGUACCUCUGGCUGGCGCGCCACACGUGCGUGUCGCGGCUGCGGCACGUCUGGUGCCCGCUGCUGUGCGUGUUCGUGAUGGCCUCGCGCGUGGUGGACCACCGCCACCACUGGUACGACGUGCUCACGGGUGGCGCACUCGGACUCGCCGUGUGCGUCGGGGUCUGGCGCACGUUGAUGCGCGAGGAGCCGCAGGCCAACCUGCUGCCCGCGUAG